AUGUCUAGCCGACUCUUCAAUCAGGUGACCUCGAACUCGGACUUCCGCUCGCCAUUGAGGUGGUCCCGGUCGCUGACCGGGGCUCGGGGGCCGAGGCCGCUGUGUGCGGCGGGUGGAGCCCGGGCCUUCCCGCCAGCGGCGACUACGACGACGCGGAGGCACCUCUCGUCCCGAAACCGACCAGAGGGCAAAGUGUUAGAGACGGUUGGUGUGUUUGAGGUGCCAAAACAGAACGGAAAAUAUGAGACUGGGCAGCUUUUCCUACAUAGUGUUUUUGGCUACCGAGGUGUCGUCCUCUUUCCCUGGCAGGCCAGACUGUAUGACCGGGAUGUGGCUUCUGCAGCUCCGGAAAAAACAGAGAACCCUGCUGGCCAUGGCUCUAAGGAGGUGAAAGGCAAAACUCACACUUACUAUCAGGUGCUGAUUGAUGCCCGUGACUGCCCACAUAUAUCUCAGAGAUCUCAGACAGAAGCUGUGACCUUCCUGGCUAACCACGAUGACAGCCGGGCCCUUUAUGCCAUCCCAGGCCUGGACUAUGUCAGCCAUGAAGACAUCCUCCCCUAUACCUCCACUGAUCAGGUUCCCAUCCAACAUGAGCUCUUUGAAAGAUUUCUUCUGUAUGACCAGACAAAAGCACCCCCUUUUGUGGCUCGAGAGACUCUACGGGCCUGGCAAGAGAAGAAUCACCCCUGGCUGGAGCUUUCCGAUGUCCACCGGGAGACAACGGAGAACAUCCGUGUCACCGUCAUCCCCUUCUACAUGGGCAUGAGGGAAGCCCAGAAUUCCCAUGUCUACUGGUGGCGCUACUGUAUCCGCUUGGAGAACCUCGACAGUGAUGUGGUACAGCUCCGAGAGCGGCACUGGAGGAUAUUCAGCCUCUCUGGCACCUUGGAGACAGUGCGAGGCCGAGGGGUGGUAGGCAGGGAACCAGUGUUAUCCAAGGAGCAGCCUGCAUUCCAGUAUAGUAGCCAUGUCUCCCUGCAAGCUUCUAGUGGGCACAUGUGGGGCACGUUCCGCUUUGAGAGACCUGAUGGCUCCCACUUUGAUGUCCGGAUCCCUCCCUUCUCCCUGGAAAGCAAUAAAGAUGAGAAGACACCACCCUCAGGCCUUCACUGGUAGGCCAGCUGCGACCCUGAGGGCCCAGGUGCAGCCCCUGAGAAGAACAGCUCUCAUCCAACAAUUGCUGCAGAACUCUUUCUCUCCCCAUCACGGGCCACAAUGGGUCUCUUAAUCAGUUGUGCCACUUGAUUGUGGGGUUCUUUUUUUGGGGGGUGGUAUAACUGUUUUCUUCAGAAGACCCAUAUAGGACUCAUCCAAGGCUGCCUUCCUCAUUAGCCCUGCCUACAUCGUGUUCAGCUGCUGCAGGCCUGGAGGAGUUUCCUGGCCUGUCACACAAGUUGUCUGGAAUAUGAGGUCAAUAAACCAGUGCACGCUUGGCCACCCUCACCAUCUGUGCUCCCAUGGUCUCAGGCUCCCUGUCUGAACCAUUGGGGGCCUUUGUUUUCUGUGCUCCCCUUCCAGGGAGCUGCCCCUCUGCUAGGGUGUGUGUGUUUCCCUCUGAGGCUGGAGGCUGGAUGGACAUCUCCCAGGGUCACUGUGCCUCUCAGCUGGUGGAGUGGACUCUUGUUCUCUUUUUUACUCUCUGCCAAGUGCACAGAGGGACGCCAGGGUUGGAGUGGUCCGGCUCCUGGCACUGACCAAACAUUGGGAUCUCUGGCCCCCAGGCCUGAGAGAGGAGUGAGGCAAGCCAGUCGGGUUUCCUCUGGUCUUGCCAGCCAUGAGCAUGAGUCAGUCAAGCAUCCAGACCACAAAUGCAGGAAUUCAGCUGAGCAGCAGCUUUAGGUAUGGACAGUGACUAAACCUGAGCUUCUUUCAGAUCUCCAACAGCCAGAGAUGAAUUGUGCUGCAUUUUGCCCCAGUUCUUAGGAUUCUUUCUUGCCCAUCACUGCAGUGAUUGUUAGAAGUCAUUUUUUUCUUGAAUUAAUAUUAAAUCUCAGUUCCAGCCCUU